AUGAGCUAUAUCACUAAUAAUAAUAAUAAUAAUAACAAUAACAAUAAUAAUAAUAUUAAUAGUAUUAGUGGUGUUUUAGAUGGUGGAAUUGUCUACUGGGAUGUUUCAAUCGGUCGGAAAGUUAAAAACCUAAAUAUUCAUACGUCAUGGGUCACAUCAAUUUACUAUUGGGAACAAACAAAAACUGUUAUAACAAUGAGUCACGAGGGUAUCGUUGCGUUUUGGCAAGGACUGUUAUUAAUCGAUUGGUAUAAUUUAUACCGGCCAGUCUACACUUGUUUAAUCGUCGAUAAUUUGAAAGAAUUCAUCUGUGGUACUGGCAACGGAUUACUAAUAUUUACGAUUGAUAAACAUCGUUCAACAGGAAAAUUUCUCAAUGUUCACGACAAGAAAUAUCUGCAAGGUCAUGUGAGCGUGGUACGGUGUUUAGUCAACCUUGAAAACCGUGUCUUCUCAGGAGGAUUUGAUGGUCAGAUCAUCGUUUAUGAUACAUGUGGUAAAUUAGAACCAACAACUAGAAUUUUACUGAAGAUUCCCAGAGCGCAUGAUGGAAUUAUAUCUUCUUUAGUGAAAGCCCAUAAUGUACCUAGUCAUCAAAAGUUGGUGAUUAGUGGGGGUUUUGACAGACAAGUAAAAAUUUGGAACGAUGAAGGACAGUUGAUGCACAUAGUUGAAAAUUUCAGUAAUGUUGUAAUUAGUAUAGCCCAUAUCCCUACUACUGAUACAUUUUGGGUCACAUCUGGAGGUUGUCAAGCUAAAAUAUUUGAUGUACAAACAGGUGAAGACGUAACAGAAUAUGUCAAUACAUUUAUGAAUCAGGAGAAACGUCCCUAUCAGUUACGUCUGUUAACUUUUUGUCCAGACUUAAAUAUGAUAGUUGGUUCAACAAAUCGUCAGCAUUUAAUAAUCUGGAAGUACAACAGCGAGUCAAGUGUAUUAACACUUAAAACAGAAAGUGGGAUUCAGUGUUUGUGUGCAAGUAGCAAACCGCCCUUUUCAAUAUUUUCUUCUGGGUCUGACAAUCAUCUUUCUAGAUGGGAACGUAAAGGUCAAACCCAUUUCUCUUAUGUUCAAGAGGAAGAAAUGAUACACGAGUCAAUUGAUGAAAAAUUAUUAGAAUGGUUACAUGAGAAAUUACGUACACAAGCUAUUCGAGCCAAAGAAAUUGAGAAAUUAAGAGCAUCCUUGCCGAAAACUUUAUUAUUACUGAAUAAAAGUAAUAUUUAUUCAUCGAAACGAUCAGUGACUGCUUACACAUAUUCUCGUAAUCAAUCACCAGUUAAAAUGAAAUCAAGACAGAAUACAAUGGUUAUGAUAAACAAUCAAUAUUCAAUUCCUGAUAAUACGAAAGAAUUAGUACUUAACAAGGCACGGGCGAAAAAUUUUCUUCGUAUGAUUUAUGUAGAUGAACUGGAUUAUGUAGUUGCAGCCUGUGAAGAUGGAGUAGUUUAUGUUCUUGGUUAUGAUUUACAAGCAACUAAAAAAUUCUUAACUGAUGCAUUAUAUAACAAUGAAAAUGAAUUAAGGAGUAAUUUUAGAACACCCAUUGAAAUGAUAUCACGAAAUUAUGUUACAAAAGAUUUCAUGGAAAUAAUUUUAAAUUCACCAAAAUUAUUAAAGGUAUUCAAUAAAUUAAGAGGAAUUGAUGAACAAACGGAAAAUUUAGAAAUGAAUAGUUGUACAAAUGAAAAUAAAUGUCCUGAAAUAUAUCUACAGACAAAUCCUUUGAUAACAAUAGCUGAAGAUAAACAGACUUUAGAAUCUGUUAGUCGUCAUUUAUUCGGAAUGAAAUGUCGUUCUGUAUUAAUUGAACACAAAGAUUCAGUUACGUGUCUUUUAUACAUAAAUUAUAAAAUGGAUCCCAUUCAUCAGUGCAUUCUUCUUACUUCUGGAUGGGAUCGUUGCAUAUGUAUAUGGAGUUUACAGUCAGGUAAAUUAAUUGAUAAAUUCCAAGAUACACAAUGUAUGGAUCAAAGACCUAGCCAACAAGCUAGCAAAGGUGCAGUAUUAGAUAUUGCCUAUAAUCCUGAAUUAAACAUUUUCGCAUAUACUUGCUCUGAUUGGCUUAUUUAUGUUCGUAAAUUUUCAUUAAAUGGAAAUGAAAUGCAAUUACAAACAAAAUUAAUUGGACAUAAUGGACCAGUCAAUUGUAUUGUAUAUAAUCCAUCAAAUUUAGAAACUGGUAAUCAAAGUGAAUGGAUCACUGGUUCCGAUGACUGUACUAUACGUAUAUGGAAAACAGUGAAUGAAGAAGAAAUGUGCCGAUUAACUCUAAAUGCAAAUGGUCCAAUAAUAUGUCUAUGCUUAGAUGUUAAACAUAAUAUUUUACUUGCUGGGGUUGAUAAAGAAAUUAAAAUUUAUGAUCCUCUAACUGGACACGUUUAUCGAAACUACAAAGGUCAUCAGGAUAUAAUUAGGUCUAUAGUUAUAUUGCCUGAAGAUGAUGAGUACGUAUCCGCAAGUGCUGAUGGUGAAAUACGUUUAUGGAGUGCCUGGAAGGGUAACCGUAAUCAACCACCAAUAGUUUCAGCAGAUCAAGAAUCAACACUUGUUGCAGCUAAAUUGGCAGCAGUUAAAUUGUCACUAAAUCCAGCAGCAUCACUUGGAGUAGCAGCAAAAGCAUUUAGUAAAGCAGGACGAUUUAGAUGUAUCGUUGAAUGUCUAAUGAGACACCAACGUGUGGAAUAG